AUGAGAAAGUUCUACCAACACAUCCUCGCCUUGGUGUUUGCUGUUGAUGAGAUCAAUGGGAAUCUCAAGAUCUUGCCCAAUGCCACGCUUGGAUUCCACAUCUAUAAUUCCUAUUCUGAUUCAAGGAUGACCUACAAAAACGCUCUGGAUCUGCUCUUUAAAUCACAUCACUUUGUCCCCAACUACAUAUGUGGCAUUCAGAAAAAAGUAGUAGGAGUCAUUGGGGGACUUAGUUCUCACACCUCCUCAUCCAUGGCAGAUGUCUUAGGUCUUUACAAGAUUCCACAGAUUUCAUACGGUUCAUUUGAACCGGCCAUAAAUGAUCACAUCAAAUUUGCUUCCUUUUAUCGCAUGGUCCCCAAUGAAGAUCUUCAGUACAAGGGAAUUAUCCAGUUACUUCUGCAUUUUGGAUGGAAAUGGAUUGGGCUCAUCACUCCAGCUAAUGAAGAUGGAGAACAAUUCUUGAAGACCAUUGAACCAAUGCUCUUCAAGAAUGAAAUCUGUUCAGCAUUCACAGAAAGAACAGAAUACUAUCUGCAAUUCAGCGGUAGAAUAUUUGAUAUAGUGGAUCAAUCAAAGCUUUUCUUACUAGCUUUCAUGAAAAGCAAAGCAAAUGCGAUUGUUAUAUAUGGAGAAAGUACGUCUAUUAUAUGGCUUACAAAUGUUUUUAUUGCAAGGAAUAUGAUUCAGCUAAUUCUUCAUCAAUCUGUGAGGAACGAACUUGAAGGGAAAGUAUGGAUUACAACAGCCCAAAUAGAUUUCAUAUCAAAUACUGCAAGAAAACUGAUUGACCCAAAUAUACAAAUGCUCCAAGGUGCUAUAUCCAUUACAAUUCACUCCAAGGAGAUUCAAGACUUCUCAGACUUUCUCCACAGUUUGCACUCAUUCCUGCAGAGGCUCUCAUUCAACAACAGUGCUGGGGAUGAAAUUACAUUCGAUGAACAUGGAGAAUUAGCAGCUGGAUUUGAUAUUACAAACCUGGUCACUUUCCCAAAUAAUUCCUAUGUCAGGGUCAAAGUCGGAAAGCUGGAUCCUCAAGCCCCUACUGGAAAAGAGCUCACCAUUAACGGGAAUGGAAUUCAAUGGCACAGAGGCUUCACUCAGGUGCCACCCCUUUCCUUAUGUAAUGCCAACUGCCGUCCUGGUUAUGAGAAGAAAAAGAAGGAGGGGAAGAAAUUCUGUUGUUAUGCUUGUGAUCCGUGUCCUCAUGGGAUGUUCUCAAAUGAGAAGGCUAUGGUACUUGGCAUUUUCAUUAAGCACCGGAACACUGCCAUCGUCAAAGCCAACAACAGAAGCCUCACUUACAUUCUCCUCAUCUCCCUCCUCUUGUGUUUCCUGUGCUCCUUGAUGUUCAUUGGAAUGCCUAAUAAGGCAACCUGCCCACUCCGACAAACGGCUUUUGGCAUUGUCUUCUCUGUUGCCCUCUCCAGCAUCUUGGCCAAGACUAUUUCAGUGGUUUUGGCAUUCGUGGCUACCAAGCCAGAUUCCAGAAUCAGGAAGUGGGUAGGCAAAAAACUGGCUUAUUCCAUUGUCCUUUCCUGCUCUGUGAUUCAAGUAGGACUCUGUGUCUUCUGGCUGGCAACCUCUCCCCCAUUCCCAGAUGUGGACAUGCACUCAAGCAGUGAAGAAAUUAUAUUCUUAUGUAACGAGGGGUCAGUUCUCAUGUUCUAUUGCAUUUUAGGCUACAUGGGCUUCCUGGCCAUGAUCAGCUUCACUGUGGCCUUCUUAGCCCGGAAGUUGCCCGACAGCUUCAAUGAAGCCAAGUUCAUCACCUUCAGCAUGCUGGUCUUCUGCAGUGUUUGGUUCUCCUUUAUUCCCACAUACUUGAGCACCAGAGGAAAAUACAUGGUGGCUGUGGAGAUCUUCUCCAUCUUGGCUUCCAGUGCUGGGCUGCUGGGUUGCAUCUUUUCCCCUAAAUGCUACAUUAUUGUGGUGAGGCCUGAGCUGAAUAACAGAGAGCAGUUGAUACGGAGAAAGAUGUAA